AUGCAAGAUUAUUUAGACUCCGGACAUAUGAGUUAUGUAGACAACACUGAGGGCAUUGAUAACACAUCUUUUUACAUACCACACCACGGUGUAGUGAAACCCGGAAGUACGACUACCAAGCUCCGUGUUGUUUACGAUGCGUCAGCCCUAUCUUCAAACGGGAAAUCUUUAAAUGAUUACUUGUUUAUGGGGCCCAAACUUCAACAGGAUCUACCAGGAAUCAUUUUACGUUUUCGUUUGCACGCAGUAGUGUUCACCACUGAUAUCAAACAGAUGUUCCGGCAGAUUGUUGUCACUCCAAAACAUAGACCAUACCAACGCCUUCUUUUCCGAUUCCAGCCCUCGGACCCUGUUCAGACGUACGAAAUGUCCACUGUUACAUUUGGCCAACGAUCAUCUCCAUUCCUUGCAAUUAGAACAUUACAUCAAUUAGCUGAGGAUGAAGCCAAAGCAUACCCUAAUGUGCAAAAGGUCAUAUAUCAAGACCUCUACGUGGACGAUGUCGUUACCGGAGCCGACUCGGAAGAAGAGGCUCUUAAACUCCAACAAGAGGUUAUAAAAGUAUUUGAGCGGGGGAAGUUUGAGCUCCGCAAGUGGUCCAGCAAUGCACCCGCAUUAUUAGAGGCCGUUCCGGUUGGACAUCGUAAAACCGAUAAUUUUACCUUCGAUGAACCGCAGUCAGAUUACACCAAGGUUCUCGGUCUAAACUGGGAACCUAAUCUGGAUAUAUUGUCCUACCAAUACCGACCGAAUCCCGUGCGUUUUACCAAACGAGCUAUUCUUUCAGAGAUAGCCCGAAUCUAUGACCCCAUUGGCCUCCUCACUCCAGUCAUUACCAAUCUCAAACGACUGAUGAAGUAUCUGUGGUCAAUUGGGGUGGGGUGGGAUGAGAGAAUACCUGACGACGCCAUCGAUGCUUGGACACGUUACCACGAAGAAUUGCCACUAAUUGGAUCUAUUCGAAUACGACGUCGAGCAACUACACCUGGAGCUACGUAUGAAAUCCAUGGAUUUUGCGAUAGCUCAGAAAACGCUUACGCCGCCGCGGUAUAUCUUUUAGCGCGAGAACCAAAUGACAUCAGUCACUGCCAACUGUUAAUGGGAAAGUCUAAGGUGGCUCCGGAAAAAAGGCUUUCAAUUCCACGACUCGAAUUAUGUGGGGCGUUAUUACUUGCUCGCUGUCUGGAACAUAUCAGUACCAACCUAAAUGCCAUUCCGAUUGAAGCCACGACUGCAUGGUCCGAUUCAACCGUAGUCUUGGCUUGGAUUCAGACACCUACAGCAAAACUCAAGACGUUUGUGGCAAAUCGAGUUGCCAAAAUUCAGCACAUGACGUCCCCGAAGAUUUGGAGACACGUACCUACAGCGCACAACCCUGCAGACUGUGCGUCCCGAGGUGUAACCCCAAAAGAGCUAGUGGACCAUCAGAUUUGGUGGGGCGGCUCAGUAUUUCUCACCCAACCAACAAAUACCUGGCCUCCGGUGACACCUAUCACGUGCCUGGAUAAGAUGGAACAUCAAGCCGAGGAGAAACAACUUGCUCUUUUAAUCACUAAGCCCGUAGAGGAAUGUCAACUAUUGUAUGCAUCAGCAGAACUUCCGAAAGUUCUACGUCUCACCGCCUACUGGUUACGAUUCCGAAGAAAUCUGUCACACCGACUCAUCUCCUUUGAUCAUUCCAAACCACCAGGAGCAAAGGAAAAGGAAGAAGCAUUGCACGCCCUGAUACGAUGGGUCCAAAAGGUACAUUUCGGAGAAGAUUUGAGACGUCUCACAGCAGGAGAGCCUUGUACCAAUAAACUGAGAUUACUUGGAACAUAUCUAGAUUCGGAAGAGGGUCUUCUCAGGGUGGGCGGUCGCCUCCGGUCCUCCGACCUUCCAUAUGAGACAAAGCAUCCCAUCCUGUUACCAAAACAAUCUCCAUUAACUGUCCUACUCAUUGAUUACAUUCACCGCCUGCAUUGUCAUCCUGGGGCGCAAACCACCCAAAAUAUUUUGCACCAAAAGUUUUGGAUAAUAGCGGCCCGAGGUGCCAUUCGCAAACGUCUCCGCCAGUGCAUACCCUGUUUCCGCACCAGACCAGAACCGAUGCAACCGAGCAUGGGAGAUUUACCCCGACCACGACUAGUCGGAACUAAGGUUUUUACACACGUAGGAGUGGAUUUCGCCGGACCGUUUUUGGUAAAGGCUGCCUUACUCCGACGUGUACAGACAACCAAGGGUUACUUAUGUAUUUUCGUUUGCAUGGCCACCCGCGCAGUACACUUAGAGUUGGUAAGUGAUUUAUCUACCACACUCUUUCUGGCCGCUCUUAACCGCUUCGUCAGUCGCCGUGGUAGAUGCACCGAUCUGUACAGUGAUUGCGGAACUAACUUUGUAGGAACGAAAAACUACAUGGAAGACGUCAAACGGCUCCUCAGCUCCUCCGAAAUAACCGCGGGUAUAAGCAAUGCGCACAUUCAAUGGCACCUGAAUCCCCCAGCUGCACCGCAUAUGGGCGGAUUGUGGGAAGCGGCCGUUAAAUCCGCCAAGACCCUGUUACGCCGCACAAUUCAGGAGCAGGUAUUGACCUAUGAAGAACUGAACACCGUUUUCCACCGCAUAGAAGCAAUUCUCAAUUCACGUCCAUUAGGAGCAAUGUCGUCAGAUCCAAACGAUCUUCAAACACUCACUGCUGGACAUUUUCUCACGAUGGAACCCCUUGUAACUGUCCCAGUCCCAGAUCCACUAUACCCGGGACCUAGACUUACGUUACACCAACGAUGGACACUUGUGCAACACAUACAAAAACAUUUCUGGGACCGAUGGUCAAAAGAAUAUCUGCACACAAUAUCAGUUCGCUCAAAAUGGGGCAAAGACCAAUGCAACCUUGAACCUGGGGACCUAGUAAUUAUUAAAGAGCCGACACCACCUCUUACCUGGAAGACUGCACGGGUGAUAGAAGUACACCCAGGAGAAGAUAAUAUUGUACGCGUGGCUACAGUUCGAACUGCAAAUCGAACGGUGAUCAAACGUCCGGUAGUAAAAUUGUGUCGCUUACCACUCGUAUUGUGA